AUGGCUCUGGACAGAGGAAGGAAGGAGCUGCUGUGGAACACGCUGAGGGAGCUGGGGGAGGACGACUUCGAGUCCUUCAGGUUCCACACGGACCUGCCUCAAAGCGUACGCGAAAACCCUCGCCGUGUGUACAUUGCUGACCAGCUGGUAAUGAAGCACAGCGAGAACACUCUGGAUGAGACCGUCAAGAUUCUGGAGAAGAUAGGGAACAACAAUUUGGCCGAGAAGCUGCGCAGCGACAUGAUGAAAAUAAAAGGCGCAGACUUCUCCGUCCACGAUGACGAUCAGAUAGCCAGAUUGAAGAGGGAGCUCCAAGACAACCUGCGGCGUUUAUACAGGUUUGCUUCUGAGGGCAACACCGAGCGCUGGCAGCAGCAGCAGCCCCUGGAGGACGUCUACAUGCAGCUAGACAUCACCUACGGGGCAGACGUCAGCCCAGACGGGCGGCAUGAGGUCCUCCAGAUGGAAACGUGUGACGCCGCGGCCAAGCGGUCUAUCCUGCCGUGCGACAUCUUCAAAAGCCCCGACGGGAACCGGCGACCGAUACGCACGAUGCUCACCGUCGGCUUCGCGGGAAUAGGAAAAACCUUCCUGAUUCAAAAGUUUGUCUGGGACUGGGCCAGCGGUAGUACUAACCAGGACGUGGACUUCAUAUUUCCUUUCACCUUCCGCGAGUUAAACAUGGAGAAAGGGGAGAGCUUUACGUUGGCCGAGCUGAUCGGCGGAGACAGUCACAUGCGCGAGAGACUGAACGAGAUAUUUAUCUAUCUGCAAACGUCUGGGAAGCAGGACUUUGAAAGCAGCGGGAUCAAGAUCUUGUUUAUCCUCGACGGACUGGACGAGUGCAACUUCAAAAUCGACUUGAAGAAAGUGAGGAAAGUGAACAAGAACGUGAAGGAAAGCUACCCACUAGAAGUACUGCUGGCGUAUCUCAUCAAAGGGAACCUGCUUCCGUGCGGCAGGGUUUGGAUCACCACGCGGCCCGCGGCAGCCCGCGAUAUCCCCGCCGACCUCAUCGACAGCAGAACAGAGGUGGGAGGAUUCAGCGAUUCCCGGAGGCUGGAGUACUUCAGGCAAAGGUUCCCAAAUGAGGAACGCGUCACUGAGCACAUUCGGAAAUCUCGCACCAUCUUCAUCAUGUGCCAUAUUCCCAUCUUCUGCUGGCUCACCGCCACAGUUCUUCAGGUUCAUUUGGACCAAGGGAAGGAGGGAGAGCUUCCCACAACGCUGACUGACAUGUACUCGGCAUUUAUUGGUCACCACCUGGAAAACUCCAAGGAGAGAAAUACAGCGGAGUACAUCCCUGACGUGAAAGCGCUCGCCAAGCUGGCCUUUGACCACACCAUGAAUCAGCGUCAGAUCUUCUACGAGAAAGACCUGGAGGACAGCUGCUUUGAUUACAGCCAAGCAGCAAAACACUGCGGGUUAUUCACAGAGGUCUUUAAGGAGGUCCAUCCGCUCAAAAGGAAGAAACAAAAGAUGUUUCAGUUUAUCCACCUGACCAUCCAGGAGUAUCUGGCCGCACUGUACGUAAAGAUGUGUUUCUUCCACGACAACAAGAACGUACUGGAUACAUCAAGAUGGAAAAAAUUGUUCAUGCCUGUUAAGCGGAAGACAAUCACUGAGGUCCACAAGUCAGCUCUCCAGAGAGCCUCGGAAAGUGAAGGAAACCUGGAUAUGUUCCUCCGCUUCCUCGUUGGCCUUUCAUUGCAGUGCAACCAGGAAAUAGUGGGGGCACUGCUGAAGGUUCCUCAUGACUGGGAGCAAAGCAAGUCAAAGACAGUCAAGUUGAUACAGAAAAGGAUCAAACGAAACACUCCAGAAAAGAGCGUCAACUUGUUCUACUGUCUAAACGAGCUGAAAGACAACUCCUUACUGAAGCAGAUCCAGCAUCAACUAGUUUCAGGACGUUUGUCCUUGCAUCAAAUGUCAAAUGAUAUGUGGUCGGCCCUGGCCUUCUUCUUACUUACGGACGACGAAACCAUGAAGUCCUUUGAUCUUCGCCACUACUCCCCAUCGCCUUUGGGACUCAAGAAGCUUCUGUUGGUGGUCAAGCACAAUGGCAAAUCCAAGAAGAAUCUAAGUCAAUUUUGCCUGGACAAAGGCAGCUGUCACCUGCUGAAUUCCGUUCUCAGUUCUCCAUCCAACCUGAGGCAUCUGAGUCUGGGCUUGAACCAUCUGUCGGACGAGGGGGUCGAGAUCCUCUCAAAAGGACUGGCCAGCCCACACUGCAACUUAGAAGUCCUCAAGCUGCUCCGCUGCAGAAUCACCAGUAAAGGAUGUGUUUCAUUGGCUGAGGCACUCAAGUUAAACCACUCCCAUCUCCAAGAGCUGGACCUCACCAGGAAUGAUCUGUCGGAUGAAGGGGUUGAGAUCCUCUCGAAAGGACUGGCCAGCCCACACUGCAUCAUAAAAAUCCUCAAGCUGUCAUGGUGCAGCAUCACGAAGAAAGGAUGUGUUUCAUUGGCUAAGGCACUGAAGGUAACCCCCUCCCAUCUUCAAGAGCUGGACCUGAGCUUGAACGAUCUGUUGGAUGAAGGGGUCGAGAUCCUCUCAAAAGGACUGGCCAGCCCACACUGCAUCUUAAAAAUCCUCAACCUGUCCAAAUGUGGGAUCACCCAUAAAGGAUGUGUUUCAUUGGCCGAGGCACUCAAGGUCACCCCCUCCCAUCUUCAAGAGCUGGACCUGACCCGGAACAAUCUGUUGGAUGAAGGGGUUGAGAUCCUCUCGAAAGGACUGGCCAGCCCACACUACAUCUUAAAAAUCCUUAAUCUGGGAAACUGCAAGAUCACCAGUAAAGGAUGUGUUUCAUUGGCCGAGGCACUCAAGGUAAUCCCCUCCCAUCUUCAAGAGCUGGACCUGACCAGGAACGAUCUGUUGGAUGAAGGGGUCGAGAUCCUCUCAAAAGGACUGGCCAGCCCACACUGCAUCUUAAAAAUCCUCAAGCUGUCAUGGUGCAGCAUCACAAAGAAAGGAUGUGUUUCAUUGGCUGAGGCACUGAAGGUAACCUCCUCCCAUCUUCAAGAGCUGGACCUGAGCUUGAACGAUCUGUCGGAUGAAGGGGUCGAGAUCCUCUCAAAAGGACUGGUCAGCCCACACUGCAUCAUAAAAGUCCUCAAGCUGCUCAACUGUGGGAUCACCAGUAAAGGAUGUGUUUCAUUGGCUGAGGCACUGAAGGUAAGCCCCUCCCAUCUUCAAGAGCUGGACCUGAGCUCGAACGAUCUGUCGGAUGAAGGGGUUGAGAUCCUCUCGAAAGGACUGGCCAGCCCACACUGCAUCUUAAAAAUCCUUAACCUGUCACUGUGCGAGAUCGCAGAUAAAGGAGGCAUUUCAUUGGCCAAGGCUCUCAAGUUAAACCCCUCCCAUCUUCAAGAGUUGAAUCUCGGGGCAAAUCGAAUAGAGAAAGAAGGAAAGAGGGUCUUAUUGGAGAUCAAGGAGGAUCCCAGCUAUAGCCUGAAGACUGUCAGGUUUAUCUAA